AUGCUUUCAUCAGCUGUCGACACAGAGCACUACGCCUUCCACGGCGAUGACAGGCUCAAAAGCGAAGCACCUCAGACUGCAUGGCUCGAUGGGAAUCCCAGUGCGGUUACCUCAUCGGGAGCUGAGACGCGCAGAAUGUCGGAAGGGAAGGGUAGCUGGGGCCUUUUGGCGCUGAGCUUCCAGACGCUUGGUAUAAUCUAUUCCGACGUCGAUACCUCCCCCGUCUAUACAAUGAACGGCCUAUGGCCAGCGACUGGACCAGUACCGUCCGCGGAGGAUGUGGUGGGUGGGAUCAGCGCGAUCGUCUGGGCGUUGACCAUUAUUCCCUUGGUUAAAUAUGUAUUUAUUGCCUUGAGGUUCGGAACGGGUGAAGGCGAGGGUGGCAUCUUUGCGCUUUACCAGGGUCUUUAUCCGUCUAUUUAUCUCGCAGCCUCCGACUUCGUCACGAAUGUCUCGACAACUGACUCAUGUAGCCCUAAAUCGACAAGGAAGAGGAGGGUCCCACCUCCUCGUAUGCGUUGGCCGUUGCUUAUAUGGGCCCUGUUCGGAACGAGCCUUACCAUGGCGGAUGGGGUUUUUACGGCGGCUGUUUCUGUGACCAGUGCUGUAGGAGGCAUAGCUGUGGCGAAACCAGAAGUUGCGAACUCCGUCGUCCCUAUAUCUAUCGGUUUCCUUCUCGUCCUAUUCCUCGCGCAACCUUUCGGAACACAUAAACUUUCCGUCGUAUUCGCUCCAGGUACGGUUCAUUCCUCCGCUUUGCAUUUCGGUUCGAUUGCAGACCUUGAGUUGGCUGACGUGGAAGGGUAUUCUCAAUAUGAAGUUACGGGUAUCUGGCUCCUCCUCAUCGCCGGUUCUGGGAUCACUAAUAUAACGUAG